AUGGGUAAAGCUACCAAAUCGUACCAGUGCCAACGGUGCGAGAGGACCUUUGCCCGCUUAGAACAUCUUCAACGCCAUGAUCGUUCACACACGAAAGAGAAGCCGUAUAUCUGCGACAAAUGUCCCAAAUCAUUUACGCGCAAAGAUCUGCUGGCUCGUCAUGAACGCUUGUCGCAUAGUUCCCCGACAUCCGGUGUGGGCCAAGAUGCCACCACUCCGCCGCCAUCUUCGCACCAGAUGUUCAAUGGGCUGAACAUGCUUGCAUCUGCUGUGACAAAUCAUUCCAUGGAUUCAACGGGUCAAGGGAAUCAUGGCCUUCUCUCCGGAGGGCCGGCGCCUUUCUCAGCGCAAGCCACGCCAACCGCCGAGUCCUCUGGAUUUAGCGAACCAUUUAGUGGAUUUGGCCCGUCCACUGCAUAUGAUGGCGAGGACUUCACCUCAUUCCUCGACAGCAUUCCGUUACCCACCCACCCAUACUCCCCUAGUUAUCAACCCCUUCCAUUGUUUCCGCCGUUUCACUUUGACACCGCCCCUGUCUAUGACCUACAGAAGGAGAACCCGGCCGAAAGUGCGGAAACCCCUUCAAGCUCCAUUCUACCUCGGCACGGCACCCAAAUACCCUCACUUCAAGCCGAAGAAUCUCCGACAGCAUACAGAGCACGACACCCUCCAACUUCACUGUCCAUGACGACGCAAUGUAGAGAGCGUAUUGACGUUCUUCUCUCUGAUUACUCCAAUGUCAUCCCGAACCCAUACGUCCCGUCUCGGCAUGCCCUCUCACGGUGUUUGACCGGUUACCUCACCGGCUACCACGAGCAUUACCCCGUUCUACAUGUUCCCACCCUGGAUCUCGAUUCCAAGUCCCUGCAAUUCAUUCUAUCCAUGGCUUGUCUGGGCGCCCGAUAUUGCCGGGAGCCGGAAACGAGCACUGCCCUCUACCAAGUCGCCAAGGCUGUGACACUCGAACAUAUCCGAAGAGAGUUCCAAUGGGUAGAACCUAACAGUGGUAUUAACCCAAACCGGCACACUGCGUCAUCUCCGGCGGCCCGAGAACAGGAUCUUCUAGAGACGCUACAAGCACUCUUGAUGUUGGUAUCCGUAUCUUCCUGGCACGAACAUGAGCCUCCGUACGAGGAAUCGUUGUACAUGCGGAGCUACAUGGAAACGCUACUCCGACAGGGAGGACUGAAUGACCUCCCCGCGCAAGACGGAUCGUGGGAGAGCUGGGUACGGAGCGAAGAAACGAAGCGAACGCGACUUAUUGUAUUCUGCUAUUUUAACAUUCAGACGAUUGUCUUCGAUUUGCCGCCUAUGAUGCUCACCGAGGAGUGUACGCUUGACCUGCCGUGCACAGAAGUGGAAUGGCAAGCUACAACUGCCGGCCAAUGGAUGGAGGAAAGGAGUCAGAGCCGAGGCGAACCAAAACUACAAGAUGCGCUGGCCUCGCUCUUCAGCCAGAACCCGGAGAUAAAAGGGCGACUAGAGAGCUUUUCUUCCUUGGGUGGCUACGUGCUUAUCCACGCAAUCAUCCAGAGUAUUUGGCUCAUUCAGAAAUCCCGUCGACUACCUGGCUUCAACAAAAACUCUCUGUCCCCGUCCGAAGUGACCUCGUUAGAACUCGCAUUGGAACAUUGGUGCCAAUGCUGGGAGCGCAACCGGGAAGCAUCCAUCGACCCCUUCAACCCUCAUGGCCCGUUAUCUUUCACAUCCGCUGCCCUCCUCCGAUUAGCCUAUAUCCGGCUGAACGCGGACUUCAGUUCCGCGCGUCGGCUCCAAACCUGGAAUCCAGAGGAGAUCGCCCGGUCGUUGAAAGAGAAUCUCAGUGUCGAGCGCAACGACCGGUUAACUCGCGCGGCGUUGCAUUGUGCCCACGCGCUUAGCACUCCAAUCAAACUAGGAAUCAACUACGUCGCCCAGACGCAGGUGCACUCAUGGUCGCUGCAGUACGCACUGUGUUCAUUAGAAUGUGCCGUUCUACUUGCUAAAUGGCUCGAAGAAACGACCGUCGCAAGCCCCAACCCCAGUCUGACCGAACAGGAAAGCAAGCUUUUGGAGUUUGUCAUCGAGAUGGUGAUGGAGACUCGACAUGGAGUAUCCCGGGAAUGGCUCUUGGCCAAUAAUACCCGUCUGAGUGCCAUUGUUACUCGGCUGUGGGCUCGACUGUUUACUGCCGAUUAUAUCUGGGAAUUGGUCAACUUGAUGGGUCGAGCUUUGAAUAGCUAUGCGGAUUUAUUGGAGAGCAUGCAUUAG